AUGUCGCGCCUCGGGCCCGGCUGCGAGUCGCUCGGGAAAGACCAUCGGUCGAAGGCGAGCAACUUAGUCGACGCGCGCGACGAGGCGGGUCGCUGCGCGCUCGCCGCGGCCGCGGACGGCGGCCACGCGGCCGUCGUCGACGCGCUGCUCGGCGCCGGCGCGGACGCGGCCGCGGCCGACGACGGCGGCCGCGCGCCGCUCCACUGGGCCGCGGGCCGGGGCCACGGCGCCGUCGUCGACGCGCUCCUCGCCGCGCCCGGCGCGGCCGCGGCCGCGGCCGCGCGCGACGCGACCGGCCGGACACCCGCGGACCUCGCGCGCGACGCGGGCCACGGCGACGUCGCCGCGCGCGUCGAAUCGCUCCUCGCGCCGGACCCCGCGCCCUAG